GGGGCUGCGCUAGGCAGCCCUGAAAAGAGCUUUUUAGAAGACUUCAAGGGCCGCAGCACUUCCUAUGUCAGGCUGACAUGCUGUGCUGUGGCUCCAUCACCUCCCCAGCAGCACUGCAUACUCCCGCGGCCAGGUUCCCGGGUACUUGCAGUGGAGACGCACCGGUUCACAGGCACACCACCGCUGCCGCUCUCCAGGAUCGCGUGGCUGCACAUCACGGAGGAGUGGGACAGUGUGGGAAUCAGAUUGGCUGCAGGUUCUGGGACCUAGCUUUGAGAGAACAUGCAGCUGUCAACAAGAAAGGAAUUUAUGAUGAAGCACUCUGUAGCUUUUUUAGAAAUAUUGAUACAAGAGCAGAAACUGGUGGAACAGAUGCUCAGCGAGGGAAGAUUUGCUCACUUAAAGCACGAGCAGUCUUAAUAGAUAUGGAAGAAGGAGUAGUUAAUGAAAUAUUACAAGGCCCUCUUCGAGACUUGUUUGAUAGCAAGCAGUUCAUUACUGAUGUAUCUGGCUCUGGAAAUAAUUGGGCAGUUGGCCACAAGCUGUAUGGUUGUCAGUACCGUGAGCAAAUUGUAGAGAAUUUGAGGAGGGCAGCAGAGCAGUGUGAUUGUCUGCAGUGUUUUUUUGUGAUUCAUUCGAUGGGAGGAGGUACAGGAUCGGGGUUAGGCACAUUCGUACUGAAUGUGCUUGAGGAUGAAUUCCCAGAGGUGUACAGAUUUGUUACCUCUGUAUACCCAUCAGCUGAGGAUGAUGUUAUCACCUCUCCAUACAACAGCGUAUUAGCCAUGAGAGAACUCACUGAACACGCUGACUGUGUGCUGCCCAUAGAAAAUCAGUCAUUAGUUGAAAUUGUGAACAAAAUCCAUCAGAUGGCUAAUUCCGGAAAGCUUGGAAGUGUGAAACCCAACAGCCUUAUUACCACUAAUAAAGGCGGUGUGAAAGAGAGUGAGAAACCAUUUGAUGCCAUGAACAACAUUGUGGCUAAUUUGCUUUUAAAUUUGACCAGCUCAGCAAGGUUUGAAGGGGCACUUAAUAUGGAUCUGAAUGAGAUUAGCAUGAACUUGGUCCCGUUCCCUCAUCUACAUUAUCUAACCUCAAGCCUGACUCCUCUCUACACACUUGCUGAUGUAAAUGUGCCUACCCGAAGGUUGGAUCAAAUGUUUUCCGAUGCUUUUAACAAAGAUCAUCAGUUAAUUCGAGCUGACCCUAAACACAAUCUGUAUCUUGCGUGUGCCUUGAUGGUCAGAGGAAAUGUCCAUAUUUCAGACCUUCGCAGAAAUAUCGAAAGGCUGAAACCCUCUCUGCAGUUUGUCUCCUGGAACCAGGAAGGAUGGAAGACAGGCUUGUGUUCUGUUCCACCCGUUGGCCAUUCCCACUCACUGCUGGCACUAGCAAACAACACCUGUGUGAAACCAACAUUUAUAGAUCUCAGAGACCGAUUUAAUAGACUGUACAAAAAAAAGGCUCACCUUCACCAUUACUUACAAGUGGAUGGCAUGGAACAAAGCUGUUUUACAGAAGCCUUCUCAUCUUUAUCAUCAUUAAUCGAGGAGUACAACCAACUUGAUGCAUCGAAAGGCAUAUGUAUGCCGGAUACGCCUAGACUUAAGAUAGCAGUAUAAAUAUCCUUUUUUAUUUAAUUUUUUGUACUUUUUAAAGCAAUCAGUCGGAGCAAGUCAAUUACAUGUGAAAUCCGCCAUAGAGGUGCCCAUGAAACCUCGCCUUAUUGCACCUACCUCAUAUGGCAAAAAUGUGCCCAACCAAGCAUUGCGGCGUUGCUCAGUUACACAUCGCCUGUAAUUGAAUUGAUCCUUAAGAAUAUAUAUAUAUAUAUAUAUUUUAUGUAUAUAACGAAUUAAGUGAUUAUCAACACUAAACUUUUUGUGCACUUUUUGUAAUACUGUGAGUGGAUGAUAAACAUUGGAUAAAGAACGUGUAAGUGACCUUCAAUCAGUGACCAGAUGUCCAAAAUAUUUAUUGUGAAGAAAAUACCUGAAAAGAACACAAAUAAAAUUAUAUAAUCUUAAUUGACGUAGCUGAAUAAAUUAUAAGAAUUUUUUUUAUCAAUCUUUUUGUGUAGACAGGGAGUUUUCAACUUCAAAUCUCAAGUACCCUCAACAGAUCAUGUUCUCUGGAUUUCAUAAACCAUGCACAGGUCUGUUAAUCUGUUUUGCUGGGUCAGUAAUGAUCACAUAUUUCGGCAAACAGAAAUUCUGAAAACAUGACUUGGGGGAGGGGGGGGUACUUGAGUUGAAAUUCCUUGGUGUAGUGAUUCUGCAGCCAUGUAACCGAUGGUAGUAGUAACCUGCUCUAUACUGCAGUCUAACUAAAUUAAGCUGUAUAUAUAGUAUAUUCUGCCCUCUAUCGGUAAUCCAUGCUCUGUUCUUCCUCAGCCUUGUUGGUCAGCUUUAUGCUCAGGGCCCAGUCUUUUAUAGAAACAUUAACCCACAUCAACUUUUCUCAGAGCCUGCUUUGGACACAGUGGUCUCUGGGGAGAUCAUUCUCUGCCUCCAAACUUGUUUACACAAUGCCGAGAUCAGAGGUUUACAAUGUAGAAUGAAUUUAGCCUUAAUAAUGCAGUACACUACUAUGAAACCUAAUGGUUGCACUAUUGUUUUGGAUAGAUUUACCAUCCUGAACAAGAUUGUAUUAUUAUGAAGACAAGUAAAAAACAGUAAAUGGUGAUUUCAAUAUUUUGUAUAUAGAACACUAUAGAAAGCUACACAUUUUAUUUGUAAAACUUAAAUUGUACGAUUGUAUUGCAUAAACAUUUUUUAUAUUGUU